AUGAAAUUUAUUCUAGAUGGUUUAAAUGAUGAAAAAGAAGUAUCAGAAAUUGAAUCAAACCCUUCUCUUCGCCACCAUUUCGAUUCAUCAUCUUCUUCUAACUCGCAAUCACCUCAAUCAGACGUUCAAGCCUGGAAGCAAUUUCACACUCGUCACUCCUCCGGCAAAUUCUUCAAGGUUCGGUUCCAUUACAUUCCUUCUUUUCACACCUCCCACAUUCACUUCACUCACCCCUUUUUUCUGGAGAGACGCUAUUUGUUAAAGGAGUUUCCUCAAUUGCUUUCCUCUCACCCGAAUUCUAACCCUAAACUGUUGGAGGUUGGUUGCGGCAAUGGAAGCACCGUUCUUCCUAUUCUACGGGCAAACAAGGAUGUUAUUGUUUAUGCUUGCGAUUGUAGUGAUGAGACUCUUGAUAGAGCUAAGGAAAUUAUAAAUGCAAAUGCAAUUGAUUCGUUUAAGCAUCGUUUUCAUACUUUUUGUUGUGAUGUUUCCACUAAUGGAUUCCCAAAUUGGUUGGCAUGUAGCACUUGUAGAGACAAAUUUUUGCAAAACCAGUCAGAUGUUGAAGGGGAUAAUGGAAUGAAUGUUAAGGAGUCGUGUUCAUCGGAAGGAUUUGACUGUUGUGUUGGAGGAGUAGAUUUUGUAACAUUGCUUAGUGGUUCCUCAGAUUUCAUGGAUUUACAAUGCUACAAUGAGGUUGCAGCUUUGUUUAUGCUUCUAAGAUUUGAUUUAUUCAUAAUAUAUUCUAAACUGAGCAAAAAUUUUGCAGCUUUGGGUUCUCUUAACAAACUUAUUGAAGGAUGUGGAACAUCAAUAACACCAGCACAUGAAAAAAUUGGUGUGGUUGAUGAACAAUGGAUUGUUCAUCAAACAAUUCCUACUCUUGGUGAACGAGGAGAAUAUGAUCAUGGAAAAGACAAAUAUGAUGCGGUAUGUUUAUUUGACACGAAAACGAUAUUACUGUCACAAUUCUCUGAUGUACUUAUGAUUAUGAACUUCGAUCGUUUUUCGGGACUACCUGAUAACGGAACAUUCACUAUCGGCUUCACUCCAUCAGACACUGAUAAUCGAUUAUUCACGUUAGGCAUUUGGUUUGCUAGCCUUCCAGGAGAUCGAACUUUCGUUUGGUCACCCAAUAGAAACUCACCUACAUCUCAAGAAGCAAUUUUGGAGCUUGACACAACAGGAAACCUCGUCCUCGUCGACAAAAAAGUCACCAUAUGGGCCUCAAACACAUCAAAUGCUAAUGUAGAAUCAGCAACCAUGUCAGAAUCUGGUAACUUCAUCCUUCACAGCACAAACAACCACCCUAUAUGGCAGAGUUUUUCUCAACCUUCAAACACACUUCUCCCAAACCAGCCUCUAACAGUUUCUUCAGAAUUAACAUCAUCAAAAUCCUCAUCUCAUGGUGGCUACUAUGCUCUCAAAAUGCUUCAGCAACCAACUUCUUUAAGUCUUGCACUAACUUACAAUCUUCCAGAAAGUUACCAAACUUUUGAUGAAAAUGAAUCAUAUGCAAACUAUUCUUAUUGGCAAGGUCCUGAUAUUUCCAAUGUAACCGGAGAAGUUAUCGCGGUUUUAGAUCAAGCCGGAAGCUUUGGAAUUGUAUAUGGAAAUCCAUCUGAUGGUGCAGUUUAUGUUUAUAAGAAUGAUAAUGAUGAUGCAGGUUUAGCUUCUGCAAUUCAUCAAUCUACACCGUUAACCGUUCUUAGGAGACUGACACUCGAAGAGAAUGGAAAUCUGAGGUUAUACCGAUGGGAAGACGUAAAUGGAUCGAAACAAUGGGUGUCACAGUGGGCUGCAGUUUCAAAUCCAUGUGAUAUUGGUGGAAUUUGUGGUAAUGGAGUAUGUAAAUUGGAUAAAACUAAGACUAAUGCUUCUUGCACUUGUUUACCAGGAACUUCUAAACUAGGAAGAGAUGGACAAUGUUAUGAGAAUUCAUCUCUGGUUGGAAAAUGUACUAAUGGAAAAAACGAAAACAAGACAUCGAGUUUUAGAAUUUCGACAGUGCAACAAACUAAUUAUUAUUUUUCUGAAUCUUCAAUAAUAGCUAAUUAUAGUGAGAGUGAUGUUUCUUCUGUAUCAAAAUGCGGCGAUGCAUGUUUGUCCGAUUGUGAUUGUGUUGCUUCUGUUUAUGGACUAAAUGAAGAAAGACCUUUUUGUUGGGUGUUGAGGAGUUUAAGUUUCGGCGGUUUUGAAGAUACGAGCUCUACUUUGUUUGUGAAGGUUCGAGCAAAUAGUUCAUGGACACCAGAAGGACAAGAGGGAAGGUCUAAUAACAGUUCUUCUGAUGGAAUGGGGAGUGCUAAGGAAAAGGCUGUGAUUAUUCCAAUUGUUCUAGGCAUGAUAGUUCUCAUUAUUUUACUCACUAUGUUACUGUAUUACAGUGUUCAUAGAAAAAGAACUUUGAAAAGAGAGAUGGAAUGUUCAUUGGUCUUAUCAGGUGCUCCAGUGAAUUUUACUUACCGCGCUUUGCAGAUCAGGACAAGUAACUUUUCGCAGCUUCUAGGAACAGUUGGAUUUGGAAGUGUGUAUAAAGGAAGCUUAGGAGAUGGUACCUUAGUCGCGGUGAAGAAACUUGAUAAGAUUUUGCCUCAUGGAGAGAAAGAAUUUAUCACCGAAGUAAACACGAUUGGCUCAAUGCAUCAUAUGAAUUUGGUUCGUUUAUGUGGUUUUUGUUCUGAGGGACCUCAGAGGCUUUUAGUUUAUGAGUUCAUGAAGAAUGGUUCAUUGGAUCAGUGGAUCUUCCCUUCGAUUCGAGGACCAGAUAGAUUGCUCGAUUGGCAAACUCGUUUUGAUAUAGCCAAAAAUACUGCACAAGGGAUUGCAUACUUUCAUGAGCAGUGUAGAAACAAGAUAAUACAUUGUGACAUCAAGCCAGAAAAUAUAUUGUUAGAUGAAAACUUUUGUCCCAAGGUAUCUGAUUUUGGACUUGCUAAAUUGAUGGCAAGGGAACAUUCUCAUGUGGUAACAAUGGUAAGAGGCACUAGAGGCUAUUUGGCACCAGAAUGGGUUAGUAAUCGACCGAUAACCGUAAAAGCAGAUGUUUACAGCUAUGGAAUGCUUCUUUUCUUAUUUUUUUGGUGUUUUGUUUAG